GGUUUUAGCUGCAUUCAAGGAAGAUGUCUACUCCACUUUCCUUUCCUAUAUAUAAACUCACUCUCUUACAAAUCAAUCAAUCUGUUUCCCUGUCUGGUUUUUGUUCCCUUUUAUCUCCUUCUCUAUGAGAAAAUGGCAAAAGGAAUGUCCUUAGCCAUAAUAAUAAUAACAUUAACAACAAUAACUUUGUGUAACUUUCAAGUCGAGGGAAGGUUUCAACAUGAUCACCAAACAAAAGAAUUGCAAAAUCUCCGGGCAUCUCUCAUCAAAUCAUCAGCCCAUUCGGUUUCAUCGUCUUCACCGUACCCGCAAGAUCGUCCUACAUUGCUCGAAAGACGGCUUUCUUCGCCAUCGACGGCCACGAUUUUCCCACCACGGGUGUACCGAGUGACAUCGUACGGCGCAGAUCCAACCGGGGAAGAAGACAGUACGGAAGCAAUAAUGGCUGCGAUUACAGACGCUCUGAAUGGUCCGAGCGGGGAAGAGGAGGAGGGGUUCUUGUUCGCCGGGAUUCGGAAUCUCGGCGGUGCCCGGAUUGAUCUCCAGGGUGGGACCUACGUCGUUUCCCGGUCAUUGAAAUUUCCCGUCACCGGCCGAGGGAAUCUCAUUGUACGUGACAUAUACUCCAACUCUAUUUUAUGAUUUAUGUUUUGAAAAGUUGAUAUUUGGAAUUGAAUAGUCUUUUGAAUUAACUAUGCUCCUUAUUAAUUUCUGUCAUGAAGCUAUUCUUAAUAAUUUGAGUGAAUAUGUAAUUUUUUAAUGUUAACUUAAUGUAACUUUCAAAAAAUAUGUUAACUUAUUGUAGAAUUUAUAAGUAUCCUCCCUCCCAUUAGAAUUUGAUGACUUUACCUACACGAGUAGCGCAACUCAAUUAGUUGAGUGGUGGAAAAGUUGGAACAUUGGCUAAAGAUUGAAACACGCAAAGUUCGUGCGGAGAUUAUAGCUCAUGCAUGCUGGGUUGGACCUAUGCGCACAUGUUCAUGAUCUAUCAUCGUUGUAUUGACUGAGUCACGGCGACUUACAACUUCUCAAAUAUCUUGUUAGCUCAGAACGUGGAGUAUCUUUGGAGUUGGGGAUUCAACCUUUUGGAACACAAAUUUGAUGACUUUAAUUGGCACAUGAAAUCUUGAGAUACACGGUGGUACAUUAAGGUCAUCGGAAGUAUUCCCGGUGGACGGAUACCUUGUAGAUUUAUCGGCCGCCUCCGUCAACGGCCCAGCGUACAAUUUUGAGUUCAUAACCUUCAAAGACCUAUUGCUGGACUCUAACUUCAGGGGAGGGGGCAUUCAAGUGGUCAAUUCUCUACGAAUCAGCGUUGACAAUUGUUACAUUACCCAUUUUACUACCAAUGGCAUUUUGGUCAAAAGUGGUCACGAGACCUACAUCAGAAAUUCCUUCCUCGGCCAGCACAUAACCGCCGGCGGAGAUCCCGGCGAGCGGAAUUUCUCCGGCACGGCGAUAAACUUAAUGGGGAACGACAACGCCGUCACGGACGUCGUCAUUUUCUCCGCCCUCGUCGGGGUCAUGAUCUCCGGCCAAGCAAACCUGCUCUCCGGCAUCCACUGUUACAACAAGGCGACGGGAUUCGGCGGCACCGGAAUUUACAUAAAACUCCCCGGAAAGACCCAGACGAGGAUCGUGAACUGCUACAUGGAUUACACCGGAAUCGUCGCCGAGGAUCCCGUCCAGCUCCACAUCUCCAACUCGUUCUUCCUCGGCGAUGCCUUCGUUUCUUUGAAAUCCGUCGCCGGUACGGUCAUCGGGGUCAACAUCGUUGACAAUAUGUUCUCCGGUUCCGGAAAAGGCGUCAGUAUUGUCCAGCUGGACGACACGACACCGUUUAAGACCAUCGAACAAGUCGUGGUGGACAGAAACAACGUGGGAGGGAUGAAUCUGAAGUCCACCGUGGCAAGGGGUAGUGCCGAAGGAAACGGAACAAUAUGGACCGUUGAUCUAAACCCGAUUCUUCUCUUCCCUGAUCUUGCGAAGUUCGUGCAGUACACGUUUAGUUCGAGCGAGUCAUUUCCAAAACAUGUGUUGAGAAACACGUCGGACAAUCGAGUGGUGAUUGAGUCGGACGUUCAAGUCGCGGCCAAAGUCUUUGUCACCGUUGACCAGAGCAUACCUGAAUGAAUUUAUAAGUUGGGUGGGUGUGGGAUUAUUUCUCAAAAAAAAAAUUGUAUACUAGAGAGCCAAUGGAAGAAUUUUCUUUUUGUAAAUGCAAAUUCUACGGUAUUUUAGAAAUAGCAAUCCAUUGUAUUAAAAUUGAAUACUCCGUAAUUCUUGAGUAUAUAAUAGAGUUAAUUAUCAAAAUAGGACUAAAAGUCAUACACUUUUCACAAAUAGGACCAAAAAAUAAACUAUGUUUGCAUAGGACUAAUUAUGUGUACCUUGGACAAUUAUACUCUUAUAGGCUAUAGCUAUUAAAAUGAUUUAAUUCCUAAUAAAAUAAUAAAAAAUAAUAAAAAUUCGUAAAAAAUACUAAAAUAUUAAGAAAAACAUUUCGAUAUUAAAAAUUUAAUCAAUUUUUUUUUUUCAAAAAAUUAAAAAAAUUAAAAAAAAAUUUUAAAAAAAAAUAAUUAAAAAAAUAAAAACUCAAAAAAAAAUCGCCGCCGCCUGCCGCCUCAGCACCACCACCUCCAGUCACCAGGGGAAAAAAAUGCCAAGUUCAUUACGAAUGCCAUAUUUAUGGCAGAAAAAAAUGAAAAUGUUGGCAUUCGAAAAGAGAAAUAUGCCACUUUUUUGGCAUUUUCAGAAAAAAAUGACAUUUUUUGGGGAAAAUGACAUUUUUUCAUGGGUCGGAGGUGGUGGUGCUGGGAGGUAGUACAGGCGGUGGGAAAGGC